AUGUUUUCUAAGUUCUAACUCCUUUUCCUCUCCAACUCCAUUUCCUCCUCCACAGUCAAUCCCUUUUGAUCCUCCUUCUAUUCUGCUCCUCCACUAUGGCCACCGCCUGAUAAAACCAACCCUAUUGCGUGUGACUAAAACUUAAUAAUUUAUUAUUAGCCCAUUAUCAACACCACCAUGAACACUUUAAAACAAAAAAAGGGGAAGAAAAACGGUGAGCUGAAACUGAAAAAUAGAAAAUGCGUUCUCCUCUCCACUUCUUCCCAAAACAAAAAGAAAGCUGAAGCCUGAAGGUGAGAAACCCUAGCCUCUCCCCCACCGCCGCAAGGGCUGUCUAACCACCGUCGCAUGGACUGCUGCAAGGAUUGCCGCCAUGUCGGCCGUCGCAACUUCUUCCUCGAGCUCGGUGUCAGUCCCUGGCGUUCAUCUGGUCCGUCGCGCUCCUGCCAUCCUCCGUGGCUCUCUUGCCGUCGUCUGUCGUGCUCAGGCACCAUCGUCUUCGUCUGGUCGUGGUGCUCGAAGUCCCCAACCCACCAAUCGUAGCUUCUUCCUCGAGCUCAGCGUCUUCGAGUCUUCUUUGUUUGAUCAGCCACAGGACUGCCGCCGUCAGUUGUGCUCGUCGUCUGGCCUCUGUCUCCGUCGUACUUCUGCCCCUCUUUUCAGACUGCUCAGAAGUCAAGUCAGAACAAAGGUUUCAAACAUGCUGGCCUUGCUGAAAUGGGGAAUAGGAGUGCAUGGUUCUGGUUUAAUUCCAAUUCUAAAGGAAGUGAUUGAGAUUUUAUUUCAAGAAGGACUAAUAAAGUCAUUAUCUCCAAAUUACUGUCUUAGUGGACUUUGCAGGGGACUGUUUCCAAUAAAAAUUCCCAUGCAAAUGAUGAAAUCUUGUUAUUUGCUGCUGCAAGAGCACUCUCCAAAUCACCUUGGUGAAGGUGAUUUGUUUGUCAUACUACUCCCAAAAGUGCUUAAUGUUACUGAUGUCCAAAGCUUUAUUCAGAGUUUGGAGCCUGCAACUUGGAGAAAGUUGAAAAUAAAAGGGAAGAUGUAUCACAAAGUUCUCUGAUAAUCUUCAAGCAUUGCCGUCGUAUCUUGCCGGAUCAUGAGAAGUGUCUGCUAUCUUUGGGGAAAUGCCACACACUUAGUUUGUGCAUUUUAUAACUAUUGUUCAAUAUUUAGUUGUGUUUAUUUUAGAAGGUGUUAAGAGUAAAUCUUAUUUGCUAUUAUAAAGAAGUUUAGAACUAAAUUGAUAUUUUGUAUUGUUUUUGUUUAUCAAUAUAAAUAAUGGAUUGUUUUAGUA